CAUAGUUUCGGGCGUUAGGGUCAGUUUUGGGGCCAACCUCACACUGAGCAGUUCGGAAAACUAUCUAAAUCCAAAAUUUGUCCGUGUGGAUAACUCUGUGUUUUUCCUUGAUUUUUCAGCCGUUUGCCGUUAACCGUUUUCCGUUUCAACCGCCACCACCGCUAUGACUCAGGAGACCGACGACCAACCCUUCAAUCCCUUCUACAUUGGCCCGCAUCCCAGCAAGGCUUGCGCCAUCCCCGAGAUUCCUGGCCGGCAAUGCUCGCCCAACUGUCAGCCGCCAGAGGGGCAGGCGACCACCAAGCCAUCGCCUUACUGCCCUUCAUCUUCAGAUGGACAGGAACCCAUGCCCAGCGGUGCUGCGGGUGGCAUGGUCAUCAUGGGCGUGGCCAAUAUCUAUAGCACCGUAGAGGUACUGGCAGCCGCCGCUCGUCUGGCAGAUCCGAAUGCCGCGGCUGCGGCAGCGGGAACAGGAGGAGCGGCACAGGCAACGCCGGCGCCCAAUAAUACCAUAUGCAAGCCAUAUCCCUGCAUGGAGGGCGCUCGCAACGAUAGUCCCGGCUGUGGUUAGACCGGAGGAAGUCCAUCAAUCAAUCAAUCAUCAUCAACAACAACCAACUGGCCAGCAGCAGCACUUCAAAACCGAGUUAGCCCCAAAAACUUGAAUAUAAAAGCCAAAAAAAAAACCAAA